AAUCCGUGAAGCAGUUCAUGAACAAUCCGGUUUUGAGAUAACUAUUCCAAUAUUUGACAUUUGAGUCUCAGUAUACCCGACGACGUCAGAACAAUCCUCUUCUCCGACGCAGAUCUGCAUCUCGCCCUUUGAAGGUAGGAAAGCGUAUAUGAAAGGUGACACAGUUAUGUAUUGAGCGAUCCAGAUAACAAAGCAUUGCGAUCUGCGAAGGAAGGGAGAGACUGAGAAAGAGGAGAAGAAUGGAGUGGGAACCUGCAGGUGCAGCAGGUACGGAGAUGGAAGUUCCCCUUCCUCUUCCUCUGGCAUCGGACUCGCAGCAACCCUACGUCUCUGAGCUUCUCUCGUUCACCCUCGAUCGCCUUCACAAGGAACCCGAACUGCUUCGUGUCGACGGUGAGCGGAUCCGCAGGCAAAUGCAAGAGGUGGCCAUUGGUAAUUACCGCUCGUUCAUUGCUGCCGCUGAUGCCUUGCUCGCUAUUCGCCAGGAAGUCUCCUCUAUUGACAAUCAUCUUGAAUCUCUGAUAAAUGAAAUUCCAAAGCUGACAUCUGGAUGCACUGAGUUCAUAGAAUCUGCGGAAAAUAUUUUGGAGAAGAGGAAGAUGAACCAAACAAUGCUAUCCAAUCAUAGUACUUUGCUUGACUUGCUAGAAAUUCCUCAACUUAUGGACACGUGUGUACGAAAUGGAAAUUAUGAUGAAGCCCUUGAUUUGGAAGCAUAUGUGGGUAAACUUUCAACCAUGCAUCCAAAGUUACCAAUCAUUCAAGAUUUGGCCGCAGAAGUUAGGCUGACCACCCAAUCACUUCUUUCUCAGCUUCUUCAAAAACUACGCUCAAAUAUUCAGUUGCCUGAAUGCCUGCGUAUUAUUGGAUAUUUACGGCGAAUAGGAGUAUUUAGUGAAUAUGGAAUGCGUUUACUGUUCUUAAGAUGUCGAGAGGCAUGGCUAACUGGCCUUCUUGAGGAUCUGGACCAGACAAAUCCAUAUGAGUACUUAAAAGGAAUGAUUAACUGUCACAGAAUGCAUCUUUUUGAUGUUGUGAAUCAAUAUCGAGCAAUAUUUGCUGAUGACACAUCAGGAAGUGAGGAAAAUUAUGAUGGUGGACUUCUUUUUAGCUGGGCAAUGCACCAAAUUACCACACACUUACAAACCCUGAAACUUAUGCUUCCAAAGAUAACUGAAGGUGGAUCCCUCUCAAAUAUUUUGGAUCAGUGCAUGUACUGUGCUAUGGGACUUGGUUGGGUUGGACUAGAUUUUCGAGGCUUGCUUCCAUCACUUUUUGAAGAAGCAGUUCUCAACUUAUUCUCCAAAAAUAUGAGUACUGCAGUGGAGAACUUUCAGUUGGUCUUGGAUUCACAUCGGUGGGUUCCCCUGCCAGCAGUUGGCUUUUCGAAUAGUGUUGGUGAAGAAAGUCAAGAAGAUGUAACUCCACCCUCUUAUUUGAUGGAGCAUCCUCCUCUUGCUGUUUUUAUUAAUGGUGUAUCUGCAGCAAUGAAUGAGCUACGUCCAUGUGCCCCAAUAAGUUUGAAACAUGUGCUUGCCCAAGAAUUGGUCAAGGGAUUGCAAGCUGUUUCUGAUUCGUUAUUGCUGUACAAUACAACCCGGGUGCUCAGGGCUAACGAAUCAGGACUUUUCCUUUCACUUUGCCGGGCAUUUAUUGAGGUUGCUUAUCCACACUCUGCAACAAGUUUUGGGCGUUGCUAUCCUGGUGGAGCAACUGUUAUUAUGGAAGCGAAGGAUGUGUAUCAAGGAAUCAGCCGCCUAUUAGAGGCCUCCUCUGCAAGAGAACUCCCAAAACCAGUAAAAAAUGUCGAAAUCAGCAGCGUAGCUGAAAAUGGUGAACUGCCAAAAAUGGAAAAUGGGGAAACACCUGAUGCCAAUGCCAACGAAUCUGAAGCCAUCAAUGCUGACGAGGUGAACGAAGGGAUGAACUCGCAGACAGAACAAGAAAACACUAAUCUUGAAAAGGCGGUUGAAUAAUGACAUAUAGGGAUGGACAAAGUUAUUCCUUUCCUUACUAUCGCUCCCUGUUUCAGUUUUGUUUUGUUUUAUUUUUCCAUUCUAUGUAUCUUUGUAAACGGGUAACCCCUGCUGUUGUUAUAUUACCUCAUAACCUCAUUAUUACAUAAUAUGAAUAGGCUAUAGAAAGCAUUGAGUUGUUCAAGUGGGAAGAAGAUUGUACACAGAUUACUUGUAGGUAUUAGUGGGAUAAUGUUUUCAUUAUUAUACAUUCAAUUCAAGUGCCUUUUCUCUC